UGUCCGUUUGGGUUUUCUACUUUUCUUAUUCGUUCUUCGGUGGUGCUUCGACUGUGAAUUAACGAGAUGGCAAGCGUAGGGAGGAUGAAAUUAGGGUCGCAAGGCCUGGAAGUGUCAGCACAGGGGCUUGGCUGCAUGGGCAUGUCGGCCUUCUAUGGCUCUCCAAAGCCUGAAGAGGACAUGAUCGCUCUAAUCCACCAUGCCAUUAACAGUGGUAUCACCUUCCUUGACACCUCUGAUGUUUAUGGCCCCCACACCAAUGAAAUCCUUCUCGGGAAGGCCCUGAAGGGAAAGAGAGAGGAGGUGGAAUUGGCCACUAAGUUUGGUAACAUAAUUUCGGAGGGGAAGUGGGAAAUCAGAGGAGAUCCAGCAUAUGUGAGAGCUGCCUGUGAGGACAGCUUGAAGAGGCUUCAGGUUGAUUGCAUUGAUCUUUAUUAUCAGCACAGGGUUGAUAUCAGAGUUCCCAUUGAAGUCACGAUUGGAGAGAUGAAAAAACUAGUAGAAGAGGGAAAGAUUAAGUACAUUGGACUAUCUGAGGCUUCUGCUUCCACAAUUAGGAGAGCCCAUGCUGUACACCCAAUAACAGCAGUACAAUUGGAGUGGUCCUUAUGGUCAAGAGAUGCAGAGGAAGAUAUAAUUCCUACUUGUAGGGAACUUGGAAUAGGUAUUGUGGCAUACAGCCCACUGGGAAGAGGUUUCCUCUCUUCUAGACUCAAACUUAUUGAAAGUCUUCCUACAAAUGAUUCCCGAAAGAAUCAUCCAAGGUUCCAACCUGAAAAUGUUGAACAUAACAAACGUAUAUUUGAGCAAGUAAAUGAAAUUGCUACAAGAAAAGGGUGCACUCCUGGUCAACUAGCAUUGGCAUGGGUUCACCACCAAGGAAGCGAUGUUUGUCCCAUACCAGGCACCACCAAAAUUGAAAACCUGAACCAGAACAUUGGUGCUUUGUCCGUGAAAUUAACACAUGAAGAAAUGGCUGAACUUGAAUCCUUGGCUUUGGGUGUUAAAGGUGAAAGAUAUCCAUCCACAGUAAACACUUGGAAGAAUUUGGACACUCCUCAUCCAUCAACUUGGAUUGCUCAAUAAUUUGCUAUUCUGUGGUGUAUGUGUGUGCUCAUUUAAGCUUCAAUUCGAACACCCUUGAUCCAUCAACUUGGAAAGCUCUAUAUGUAAUGCCACUUCCUUUUUUAAGUUCAAAUUUCCUGUGUAAUGAAAUAAUGCUAAUCUGUUUACCAUUUGAAAAAAAAAAAACAAGGGGCCAGUCUCCUUUUCAGUUUUGUGAUAAUUAGGGUAGUUUUUGGUUUGCAUUCUCAGAAUGCAAAAUGGAGAAUGCAUUCUCAAUCUAGAAUGAGAAAGUCGUUUGGAAAAGAUUUAAGUUGGAAUGCUUUUUAUUUUAAAAUGGGAAUUGUAUCUGGAAUGGUUUAUUUAUAUUCUC